AGCAGCAAUAUCGAACAACAUUACACAAGAAUCAUCAUCAUUUUCAUCAAAAAAUUUAGAUAAAUAUGGUACCAUAUCAAAUGAUGUAAUUCAACCGAUAACAUUAUCCGCAUCAUCAACAAAAUUACAACAUAACGAUUCAUUAACAUCAAAUGAUCCAACAACAGCAACGAUAACAUCAUUUUCAAAUAACAAUGAUUCAAAUUCAUCAUCAUCAACAUCAACAUCCGUCCUUGAACAAUUAAUACAAAAAUGUUGGCCACAAGAAUCUGGUGAUAGACCAAAUUUUACAUCAUUAAAAGAAACUAUACAUAAACUUCAUGAAAUGGGUGAUAAAAGUCAACUAUUGGAUACAGUAUUAAAUCGACUUGAACAAUAUGCAAAUAAUUUAGAAUUAUUAGUUGAAGAUAGGACGGCUGAUUUUUUGGAAGCAAAAUCAAAAGCUGAAGAUUUACUUUAUCAAUUACUGCCAAAAUUGGUUGCUAAACAAUUAAUUUUAGGACAGGCAGUUACACCACAAACAUAUGAAAUGGUAACCAUUUAUUUUAGUGAUAUUGUUGGUUUUACAUCUUUAUCAGCCGAAUCAACACCAAUGCAAGUUAUUGAUUUUCUAAAUGAUCUUUAUACUUGUUUUGAUUCGACAAUUGAAAAUUAUAAUGUAUAUAAGGUUGAAACGAUAGGCGAUUCAUAUAUGGUUGUAUCAGGAUUACCAAUGCGUAACGGUGAUAGACAUGCAGCUGAAAUUGCACGUAUGUCAUUAGCAUUAUUGGAUGCUGUUAAAUCAUUUACAAUACGUCAUAAACCGGAUGAACAGCUUAAAUUACGUAUCGGUAUACAUACUGGUCCAUGUGCAGCUGGUGUUGUUGGACAUAAAAUGCCUCGUUAUUGUUUAUUUGGUGAUACUGUUAAUACUGCUUCACGUAUGGAAUCUACUGGAUUACCAUUAAAAAUACAUGUAUCCGAACAAACACAACAAGUUUUAUUACGUUUUAAAACAUUUAAAUUAGAACUUCGUGGUCGUAUUGAUAUUAAGGGUAAAGGUAAAAUGACAACAUAUUGGUUAUUGGGUGAAGAUAAAUCAAUGUUACAAUCAACAACAACAACAGCAACUACAAAUUCAUCUGGUUAUCUAUCCGGUAAUAAUAUUGUCGAUCAACGGCAAUCAUCAUCAUCAUCAGUUAUAUCAUCUUUGACAUCUGUUUCUGUUGAAUCACAACAACAACAACAACAACAGCCCAAAACAACAUCAACGAUAAGCUAGAAUUGAUUUUUUCUCUGAUUUGUAAAAAAUAUUUAUAAUUUAUAAACAGAAACAAACAGAAAAUUUGUUAUUUAUCAAUUAAAUUAAGCAUAUAUGUGAUAUUUAUAGAUUAUAGACAUUGGACAUCGACGACU